GUAAAUAUGUGGAAAACAACUUAAUGAAAACUAGCUACGAUAUGACAGUGUUUUAAGUUUUUUGUGAAAUAGAACGGAAUACACCUCAUCCAGUCAUGGUUACCCCACUGUUGCUAUGGCUACCAAUGUUGCUGGUCAACACGGUAACAGCACUGGAGGUCGGGGAGAACUAUCCGAUGACCACGCAGGACCAGGAAUGGCUCGACUCCCUGUUCUAUAUUCCCACUGAACCACGGGUGCGGGUCGAAUACCGCAUGCUCUCUGAUGAACAGAGGAAACAGUUCCAUGAUGCUUUCCUGGCUAUGAAGAAUGAUACAUCGGUCACACCUAACAAGUUCCGGCUGUUGGCGUCCCUACAUCACCGACGUGUCACGCGUUCUAGUGCUCACCGUGGAACAGGCUUCCUUGGCUGGCAUCGUGUAUUUACACUGCUGUUUGAGAAUGCCUUGCGUGAGCAGCAGCCCAAUUUGACGAUGCCUUACUGGGACUGCAGCCUGGAGGCUGCCCUGGACAUACCCAGAUUUUCCAGCCUCUUCAGUGAGGAUUUCCUGGGGAAUGGAGACGGAUAUGUUGUCAAUGGACCAUUCAAAGCAUGGGAGGUGCAAACUGGCACACUGUACAGAACUGUGGGUAUCACUAACAGUCCAUUGAACGACCGUAACAUCACAUAUAUGAUGGAGCAGUCCUACAUCGCUAAUAUCAGCUACCCUGCUGCCGGGAAGGACAUGGAACUCAUCUUCGAGUUUAUACACAACCGAGUCCACCACUGGGUGGGUGGGGAGAUGAAAUCAAUUGAGACUGCAGCUGACGACCCAAUUUUCUAUCCCUAUCAUUCGUUCGUGAGUCUUGUGUGGGCGGAAUUUCGUGCUCUUCAGAGGGAGAAAGGUAUAGACCCUGAGAUUGACUGGGACGAGUUUUAUGGGCAGUCGAGGCAUAAUAUUUACGCUCCUAUGGGGUUGGGGAGUCUUAUGGCUGUGGACGGGAGUAGCGAUAUAUUUGAAGAGAAUAUUAUAUUCGCUGACAGGCCACAAUGUUCAAGAUUGGAGCCAGAUUCCUGUGGAACGCCAAACCUGUUUUGUAAUGUGACAAUUGAGAAGUGCUCUCCUUGGACCAUUAAUGAAUACACUUAUAUCAAGAUAAAUGCUGAAGAAGCAGGAACAUCCAUUCAAGAUGUAAUUGGUUCGUACAAGGAAAGUAAGCUGAAGAAAGGGUAUGAGGAAUUAAAAGAGCAGUUUGGUACUGAUGUGGAAUGGGCGGUUAAUGCCGCACCAUAUCUUAGUGACAACAUUGAAGAUCUUUUCGCUAACAUGGUGAUUACUACGACCCCUUGGCCUGAAAUAAAGGAGCGAAAUAUUCUUGAUGUAUUAAAUGGGCUUAACUACAAGGAAACAGCCGCAUAUGAGCAGAUAUAUGGCAAUGACCAUGAUGGCAUUCACGUUCAUGAGUCGGGUGAACAUGAUCAUGAUCACAAUGAUCAUGAUUAUGAUGAUCAUGAUCAUGAUUAUGAUGAGCAUCAUCAUGAUCAUAUCAUCAAAGAAGGAGCUGUUGUUCAAAGUUCACAGAGAGUGAGGCACAGGCAACUACAUGUAUCAGAGUUUGAAAAGUUUAUGGAAAAGUACUCAUUACUGAUUCUUGGUGGACUAACGAUAGUGCGGAUUGUAUUAGCGGUGUUAACAAAGUGUGUUUCUGUUCACACAACAGGCUGGGCAUGCUCGUCAAAAAAGCAGAAGUAUUGCAUGGACGGAAUUGUUAAUGUGAAUUUUGAUGAGGAUGACAAUCAUAGAAAAGCAAACAGCGAGAAUAGGUCCGACAAUAUUUACACUGUGACUGUAGCUUCCACUGAUACCGACUCGCCUGCUUUGUACAUACGAUUUGCAAAGUUUGAGAAUGGAGGGACAACGGUCACAAGCAGUUCAACCUCCAACACUCAGCCCACUGUAGAAGCACAGAAACCGAGUCAUGGAAAUUAUCUUGAUAUGACGUACAAGAGUCAAGUCAGCCAGGACAGUUCAAGAAAUGUUUCUGAUAUAUUCGAAGCUGAUGACAAUGAGGAAGUUACAGAGAUUGAUAAAAUGAGUGAGGAGUUUGAUAGGAGCUAUAACUCAAUUGAAAAUGAAAACUUUGACUACAUCCGCUCGGCCAUACAGGCAUCGGAAGAAUUGAGGGACCAAGUGAGCAGUGAGGUCUUUGAUGAUUAUGAUAACCACCUGAUGUUUGUGCGAGAGUCAGGGGGUGGACUGGAGAACCCAGGGAGCCCUGUUCCCCCUCCAAGAUCAAAGGUAAAGUCCCAGAAAGUUGGGAAUGGGAUGACCUCUCCCUCAGGAGAGCCUGCUGUAUGUUCACAGACGUCUGAAAAUGGUGGAUACGUAAAGCACUUUCCAGUCACUCAUAUGUAAUAAAAUAGACGCGUGUGACUGGUAUAAGCAAUGUGAAUCUAAAAUUUGGAAUUUAGAUGUAAUCCUAGUCAUAGAAAACUGAACGAUACAGUUGGUUAGAAUGCAUUUUGAACUAGUAUAGUUGUUAGAUGGAACCUUUAUUUUUCUUAAAAGGUUCUCGCUCAUGUUUUUAUGUAAAAUGCAUGUUUUUGUAUGACGAAAUAGUGUGGCAUAUCAUUAGGAGUGUUACAACGAAGACACCACAAGCUUAAACCCUUCAGCAAAUGUUGAUUGUUGCUUAAAAUUAUUGUCUUUGAAGAUUACAAAUGUGCAAUAGCAUUAACAACGCUAAUCACUUAAUUACAUAUUUGUUGCUGCGUUAUUGGUGGAUUGACAUUGUCACGUGAUGUCAUCAAUGUAUUGUUAAGAUGACAAAAUAUCAACCUUUGGGUUAAGAUGUGUGUUUUCUUUCUUUUUUCUUCACUUCAUCGGCAUGGAUUUGCACCCCACUUCAACCAAAAUACUUUUUAGUCCUUUUUCUGCAAUUUCGAUAUCAUAGAGUGAAAUAAUAAGUGUUUUCAGAUGCAUUUCCAUGAAAUUUGUAUUCCAAAAACAUGAGCGAGUACCUUUAACAUUAACAUGAAGUGACUGACUGAUGCUACUUUCCUUCUUUUAAUUGUAUAAAUUUAUGUCUGCAUUUGUAUGGAUGAAUUAUGAAAGAUGUGUUUUAUUUUGUAUGUACACUCAAAAUGUAGCUGCUAAUAAACAAUAUA